AUGAAGAUCAAUGUCAAGAAGGACCAAGCAACGAAGCAACUUUUGGCCGAAGAGAGGGAGAUCAUGAUGAUGAACAUGAAGGACAUGAAUGAGAUUCAUCUGGAGUGGUGGAAGGAGACUACGGCGGAGAUCACGGCAAGACGAAGAGCAGCUCGUGAAGAGGCAACUGGUGCAGCCGAUGUGACUCCAGGAGGUGGUGGCGACGGUGCUGACGGCGGGCCAACCUCGAUAUUUGUUUUUGAAGGAGAAUGCCAAGGGCUCGCGGAUUUGAAUACUGGUUUGGUGGCAUUGAUCUCAAUGCAACUCCUGAAGCUAGUACAUCAACUGAUCAACAUGCUGGGCAGCCGCCAGAAGUCGGAGGCCAUCGUGUCGAUCCCCAAGGAGAUGAAGCAGAUAGAAUCAUCUAGGAGAUGUGCUAAAGAUGGUGAGCUAGAUAAAUUUGUUUAUGUCUGCAACAAAUCUGGGAAGCCUAGAGAAGAAGAAGCAGUCCCAGUUAAGCAGAGGAACCGUAAGCUAACUGUGUUGACCGACUGCAAAGCAAAGCUUCGAGUAAAACGUGAUGGUGCUAGAUGGAAAGUUACUCAGUUUGUUGAGGUGCAUACACAUGAGGUGAUUGACAAGUUUGCGCUUAAGAAAUACUUGAGAUCACACAACAAGAUCCCUGCAGAAGAGAAGAAGUUCAUUGACUUGUUGCAUGAAGUCAACCUUACUUCAGGAAGAAUCAUGGAAAUCAUGGGGGAGCUAUAUGGGAGCAAGCAGAAUGUCCCAUACAAUAGCAAAACAGUUAGUAACUACACUGCAAAACUAGGGAACUAUGACAGGAUUAAAGAUAUCCCAGAGCUGCUAGAGUACUUUGAAGAAAUCAAGAAAGAUGAUCCCAGAUUUUUCUACAGGUUCAAGCUAGAUGCAGAAAAUAAAGUGGAGAACCUGUUCUGGGUGGAUAGCAAAGCAAGAGAUGUCCACCCCCUGUACAAUGAUUGUAAUUCUUUUGAUACAACAUUCAUGACAAACCAAUAUGGUCAAUCCAUCCAGCUUGGUUGUGGUUUUGUGAGGAAUGAAUCUUCUGUGAACUUUGUGUGGUUGUUUGAGCGGUUUUUAGAGGCAAUGGAUGGACUACAUCCAUUGAACAUCAUUACAGAUCAAGAUGCAGCUAUCAGAACUGCUAUCCUCAUUGUGUUCAUUGGCAUCAUACACAGGUUCUGCAGGUGGCAUAUAAUGCAAAAAGUACAGGAAAAACUUGGUACUUUUGUUGCUCAGAGAGAAGACUUGCGUUUAGAGUUCAAUGAUGUGAUUGACUACAGCAUGACACCGGAAGAGUUUGAACAGCGGUGGGUAAAUAUGGUGGAAACGCAUGGGGUUGCAGAUAACACACAUUUUCUUGACCUCUAUGAUUUGCGUGAGUAUUUUGUGCCAGCAUAUUUCCGCCACCGGUUUUUCCCAUUCCUUCAAACUACAUCUAGAAGUGAAGGGUUUAAUGCUGUUCUUAAGCAGUAUGUUCAUCCACAUGAUAGCCUUGUUCGUUUCUUCAAGCAGUACAUGAAACUGCAGGAAAGAAUUGAUGUAACAGAAGAUGCUCAUGAGUUUGAUGGUGAUGAGAAGACAGUCAGGCUUUGGGGGGACUUUCCCAUGGAGAAGCAGAUCCUUCAGACAUACACCAUGCCCAUCUACCACCGCUUUCAGCUUGAGCUUCGGAAGAUUACAUCCCAUAAUGUUCGUGACAUUGGUGUUACUGAACAAGGGAGCAUUCAUGAGGUUUUCCCAAUACAAGGAUCCAUGCGCGGGUACGGUAGGAGGAGUUAUCGUGUCGAUGCUGAUGUAGCUAAUGGAAUCUACAAUUGUGAAUGUUGCAAAAUUAACAGGGAUGGUAUCCUGUGCUGCCAUGCAUUGAAAGUUAUGACACAUCUAGGGAUGGUUACAAAAUACCUAGAGCACUACAUCCUACCCAGGUGGUGUCUACCCCCUCCCGACAUAGUUGCACCGCGGGAUGAGAGGCAAGAAAAGCCUGUUGGCCAGAAACUAUCUAGAAAAGAUAUGAGAUUGCUUAGAUAUGGUAACCUCUGCAGUGAUUUUGCUAAGCUUGCUGUUGGUUUAGCGGCCUCAGAGAAAACUAAUGAAAUAGCUAAACGGCACAUGAGAGCAAUGGAGAAAGAGAUGGCGGAUUUGAAAAAGGCUAAUGCUGAUGCACUCAAAAAAAGGAAGAGCGCCAAGCAUCCAGUAAACACCAACACUGCUAAUGAUUCACAAGAAAGUGUACCUAUGGAAGAAGAUGCUGCUACUGUGGAGAAUCGGAAAGCUAGGAACCCAUCAAUGUCAGCGACAAAAGGGCGCCCAGGUUCAAAAAGAAAGAAAGGUGGUCUACAGUUACAGAAACCAAAACAAGGUCUUUGUGGUGUGUGCAAACAACCAGGUCACGAUACUCGUACGUGCGAGGUGCGACUAGCAAACCCAGAGAAGUACAGUUUGUUGGGCCUUUUUCAUUGA